GAAUCAGUGACGUUUGAAGAUAUAGUUGUAGACUUCACCAAGGAAGAGUGGGCCCUGCUGGACACGUCCCAGCGAAAGCUGUGCAGAGAUGUGAUGCUUGAAAGUAUCAAUCAUCUGAUCUUUCUGGGCAUGGAAAGUCUCUGCAAUAAACAAGAAAUGAUAUUACCACGACAUAGCAACAAGAAGGGCAUAGCCCUGACUUCACCUAUGCAUGAAUCUCUUGCUCCAGAGGGUCCUACUGAAUGUACUGAUUUGGGUGAUGUGUUUACUCAGAGAUCUACAUUGACUCAACAUUUGUUAAUUCACCUCAGGAAGAAACGUUACAUCAGCAAACAGUGUAGAAUACCACUUCAUGAACAACCAUCCAUUUCUCAACACAGCGGAGUUCACACACGAGGCAAGUUGUAUACAUGUCAUGUGUGUGGGAAGGCAUUUAGUAAUUGCUUUAGCCUUAGGAGACAUGAGAUGGUUCACACUGGAGAGAAGCCAUUUAAAUGCCACCUGUGUGGGAAAGGCUUUGUACAAAGCUCUGACCUUAGAAACCACAAUCAAACACACAGAGGAGAGAAACCAUAUGAAUGCCAUGUGUGUGGGAAAGUGUUUUGUCAAAGUUCUGAACUCAGAUGGCACGGGAGAACACACACAGGGGUGAAGCCAUAUGAAUGCCACCAGUGUGGGAAUGCCUUCAGUCAAUAUUCUAAUCUUAGACGACACGAGAGAACACACAUUGGAGAGCAACGUUACGCAUGUCAGUUGUGUGAGAAAGCCUUUAGCCAUUAUUCUUCCCUUAGAUGA